AUUAAAAAAGACACCACUAAAAGUAAAACUUUAUCGCAUUCCACUCGCCUUGUUUAUAUCACAUGCAAAUGCAGAAAGACUGAGAGACUGAGAUACAGCUUUUGGUCUUGUUAGUUACCUCCAUGGCCACUGAAGGACAACCUAUACGCUGCAAAGCGGCGGUUGCAAGAGCCGCCGGUGAACCGCUAGUAAUUGAGGAGAUUGUGGUGGCGCCACCAAUGCCUCGUGAAGUCCGGAUUCGUAUUAUAUGCACCUCUCUCUGUCACAGCGAUGUCACUUUCUGGAAGCUGCUGGACUUUUUUCCAAGAAUAUUGGGUCAUGAGGCUGUUGGGGUUGUGGAAAGUGUAGGGAAGGAUGUGACAGAAGUUACAAAAGGAGAUGUGGUUAUUCCAAUUUACUUACCAGAUUGUGGGGAGUGUACAGAUUGCAAAUCAACCAAGAGCAAUCGCUGUACUAAUUUCCCAUUCAAGGUGUCUCCUUCCAUGCCGAGAGAUGGUACCACUAGAUUCACUGACCUAAACGGAGAGAUCAUACAUCAUUUCAUGUUUAUUUCAAGUUUCAGUGAGUACACUGUGGUCGACGUUGCCAAUGUAACCAAGAUUGACCCUGAAAUUCCACCUGACAGGGCAUGCCUCCUCAGUUGUGGCAUAUCAACAGGGGUAGGUGCUGCAUGGAGAACAGCAAGCGUGGAGCCAGGGUCUACAGUGGCUAUUUUUGGUCUGGGAUCAAUUGGAUUAGCAGUUGCUGAGGGAGCUAGACUUUGUGGAGCAACUAGGAUUAUUGGAGUUGAUGUCAACCCGGGAAAAUUUGAAAUGGGAAAAAAGUUUGGACUCACAGACUUUGUCAAUUCUAGAGAAUGUGGGAACAAACCUGUGAGCCAGGUUAUCAUAGAAAUGACUGGUGGGGGAGCAGAUUAUAGCUUCGAGUGUGUUGGUAUGGCGUCAUUGGUACAUGAAGCAUUCGCUUCUUGUAGAAAGGGUUGGGGAAAAACAAUUGUUGUAGGAGUGGACAAGCCAGGAGCCAUGUUGACUUUCAGUUCUAGUGAGGUGCUUCAUGAUGGGAAAACUCUCAUGGGAUCCUUGUUUGGAGGACUCAAACCUAAGACUCAUGUGCCCAUUCUCCUUAAACGUUACAUGGACAAGGAACUGCAGUUGGAUGAAUUUGUCACUCAUGAGGUGGGGUUUAAGAACAUCAAUGAAGCUUUCGACUUAUUGUGUAAAGGGCAGUGUCUUCGAUGUGUGAUUUGGAUGGAAAAAAUGAGCACAUUCAUUCUUAUGUAAUGUUAGCCCUUGAAUCAUGAUAUGCAACAUUAGAACUAUUGUACAAUGCUAUUCUCUUUUGUACUUGAUUUGAUUAAAACAGAUUCAAUAAAACAGAGGUGCUAUUCUUGCACUGCAAA